AUGCUUGCCAAAUUACCGUGGUCAACUCGUCAUUUCCUUAACUCAACAGUUACUUUAUUGAAAAAUUCACAGGAACAAUUAACAGCACCGUUAUCUUUGCAUGCGAGAACCAACACAGUUUUAGGAACACUAUGUAGAAGAGGUUUAUCAUGGCAGAAAAAGGAGAACUUAUGCUCAAAUAAUUCUAUUAGGUGCAGCGGUCUUAACAAAAGUCCCAGGAAUUCAUCGAAUAUUUGUGGGUUUAAUAAAUCCUUUGUGAACGUGUGGUUGCAAAGACAUUACAAUAUCAAUAAUAGCUGUAAGAGUGUGAGAGGUUUGGCGGCUUCUGUAGAUACAAGUAAAGAACUCGAGGCAAAUCCUAACUAUGUAAUUAGGUGA